AUGUACCAAGUUGGAAACCAGUGGCAGAAGGAAUAUCUGGGUGCCAUCUGUACGUGCACAUGCUACGGAGGACAGCAGGGCUGGCGUUGUGAGAACUGCAGGAGGCCCGCAGUAAACACAGACGUGGAGGCAGAUCUGAUGCAGCCCGUUCACACAGACGUCUUCGACCGAUACCGAGAAAACGCUUUAAGGAAACUGAACAUCCACUGUCCCAUUGAAUGUCUGAGGCCGGAGCUUCUCGCAGACGCACAGAGUCCAUCCAAAAAGUGA